AUGUUGGCCAAUACUUUCUUGUGGGCUGCAGUUGUCACUGCCAUGCCACUCGUUGAAGUAUCACCACGGGAACUUCAUGAUCUUGAAGUUCACCAGCCAGUCUCGAUCAAAAGAAAUCCGCCCCUCGAAGCACGAGCCAACAGAAUCAUUCCCGUUGUCGUCGGUGGUUCUCAAGAUACCUUCGUUCCGAACAUGAUUCGAGCAGCAGCUGGAGAUGUGAUCCAGUUCCAGUUUAGUAAUGGAAACCAUACCGUCACUCAAAGCUCUGAAGACUCUCCCUGCCAACCUCUCCAGGCUACACAGUCUGGAGUUAUCCAUAGUGGCCAUAUUCCUUUCGAAGCUGGCCAGAAAACCGUUGGGACGUUCAAUGUCCCUCUUAACAACACGGAGCCCAUCUAUUUGUACUGUGCUACCGGCCCGCACUGUCAGAUCGGUCAGGUAAUGGCCAUCAACCCCCCCUCCGAGGAAAACUUAGUCCAGUUCUCCAAGAAGGCAGCUGGUGCCUUGGCCAACGUCGACGCUGGUGCAGCUACAGGCGGGACAGUUGGCGAGAUCCCGUUGGCAGAUGCAGCGUUUACUCCGGCUGAAGAAGAAGCUCCUCCCGCUCCCCCUGCUGAGAGUACUCCUGCUGCAAGCCCUGCUCCCCCAGCCGAGACACCUUCAGCCACUCCUGGAGCAGCAGCGGCUAUGGAAGCACAUCACCGACUUGGUUAUUAG